AUGGGCGGCGUCCACGGUGUCGCGGGCUGGCGGUGGCUGUUCCUGAUUGAGGGGCUUCCCACCAUAGGCGUGGGGCUGGCUGUAUGGGGACUACUGCCCUCGGAGCCGCUCAGCGCGUGGUGGCUGACGCCGCGGCAGCGCGAGGCCCUGCACCACGCGGUUCACGGAGCAGAGGGGGCCGACACAGCUCGAUUGCGACCCACCGUGCGUGGCACGCUGGCAAUGGUGGCUGAAGCGCUGCGCACGCCGCUGCUCUGGGUGUUCAUCGUGGUCGGCCUGCUCUGGGCCCUGUCAGCCUUCACCCUGAGCUCCUUCCUGCCGCUCAUCAUCGCCAACCUCCUGAACAACACUGCCCUGUCCUCCGCGUCGGUCACGGCUGGCGCCCACAAGAGCAGUGUCAACGCCGCAUUGCUCGCCACAAUUCCUUAUGUUGUUGCGCUGCUGUCAACAAUGGCGGUGGCCUGGCACGCGGAUAGGAGAAAAGAAAAAACUCUGCAUGUCGGCGUGCCCUAUGUCGUCGGCGGGGCGGUGCUGGCCUGCUUUGGGCCGGUCGUGCGCGUUUCGCCGUCUGGUGGCUUUGUGAUGCUGACGGCGGCGAUGGGCUUUGCGUUUGGUGGGCAGUCUACCAUGUGCGCGCGCGUGGCGGGCUUGACACCGCCUGCGCAGGCGGCUGUGACGCUGUCUGUGUUCAACGCCAUCUGCGCCAGCCUGGGCGGGUUUGCGGGGCCCAUCGUCGUCGGUGCCAUCCUGGCAGCGCUCGGAUCCUUUGAGCUGGCGGCUGUUGUACUGGUUCUGGUAGAGGUUCUGGCAGGGCCCAGCAGCCCCCUGGGCGGCCCUCAGCCCAGCGCCCUCAGCAGCGGCUGCACCGUUGGCACGCUGCAGCGCGGCAUGACUCAGAAGCGCGCGACGCGGAUGGUGACGGGGCACCUGGAGGCUGACGAGGCGGUGCGCGCGUACAUGCAGCGGCUGGACGAACACCGCAAGGGCUGCGAGCUGACGGGGCGCUACGCAGAGGCGCGCGCCGCGCACCAUCGCCUGCAGGACCUGCGCACGGCGCAGGCUGAGCGGCUGAGGGCGGAGCUGGUGUCCUCUCAGGCGGCCGAGCUCAGGCAUCUGCAGGAGGCGUUUCACAGGGACAGCAAGCAGGCAGAUGAGGAAUGGGCGGACCGCACCAGGCAGUACGAGGCGGCGGUAGUCGCCCAGCUGGCGGCGCUGAAGGCUGCUCAGGCCGCUCAACUGGCGGCUGCGCGCGCUGAGGCUGAGGCCCGGCGUCCCCAGGCAUUUCGUCCAAGUGCGCAGUACAUCGGCCAGCGGCGUGUUGAAGGGGUUCUUGUAAAACAGGGAGAAUACCGCGCCGCGCACGAGGUGGCACGUGGAGCGCAGCAGCUGCUACAGGCCGACAGGGCAGCGGCGGAGGCAGCGCAUGAGGCAGGCUGGGCGCUCAGGGCAGGGCGCUUGGGCGUGCGGCAGCAGGCGGAGGUUGAGGUGCUCCUGCAGCGCGCAGGCCAGGGUCGCGACGAGCUGGAGCUGCGGCGGCUGGAGGAGGCGGGGCGCAGGGCGGCGCGGUUCAGGGUGGUGGCCCAGGACCUCGCACAGCUGCACGCCCUGGAGGUGGCCCACCUGGAGAACUUUCUGGAGGGACAGGUGCUGGCGGGCCGCUACGUGCCGCUGCGCAACAGCGCCUUCCGACGCAAGCGCGAGUCCCUCAUGGCUCGGCAGCUCAGGGGCGCUUGA